CCUCACUUUUUUGGGCUUCCUUAUCGGCUGUUCUAGAAUGCAAAUACUUUGUGGACAAUAUGUUUAUCAGGACACCAUUCACUGUUCUGUACCUCUAUUUUUCCUUUCUCCAUCUCAAAUUCAAAGUUCAUCCCUCUCUCUCUCUCAUUUACACUAUCUGCUAGUGCUGAACUCAAAAGCUACAAGGAGAAUUAUGAAAGUCAACAAAAACUUGAGCUAUAAGUUUUGUUUGCAGUUGGUCUAAAAUAAAAUUCAAAACUUUCAGGUUGACAAGCACGUGUGGACCAUAUGGGAGAAUUUGGAGACGAGAAGGCUGUGUCCAGAACCUCCGGCAAGAAUGAAGUGGAAACAACCGCUAUCAAGAAAGGAUGGGUGCAAACAUCACCAAUCAAGGAGAAUAAUCCAGAUUAUAAGAACAAAUUUCCUCCAACUUCAAAGUCUAGGGAGUAUCAAAAUGUGGGCAGUUGUGUGUUCUGCAUGACCAAAGAUGGUUGCAGAACUGUGCGAUCAAGGUCAAAACUAAUGAAUAUUCUGGUAGAAAAAGGAAAACCCCAGGAAGCAGAAUCCAUUUUUGAUAGUUUAAUAGAUGGAGGGCAUAGUCCAUCUCUAAUAACAUACACGACACUCUUGGCUGCCUUGACCAUGCAGAAGCGUUUCAACUCCAUACAUUCGAUCAUCUCACAUGUGGAAGAAAAUGGAAUGAAACCUGAUUCAAUAUUUCUUAAUGCUGUUAUAAAUGCAUUCUCUGAAUCUGGGAACAUGGAGGAAGCCAUGGGAACCUUGUGGAAGAUGAAGGAGAUUGGAAUUAAACCUACCACUAGCACUUACAACACUUUAAUCAAAGGGUAUGGCAUUGCUGGUAAACCUGAAGAAUCUGUGAAACUGCUAGACCUUAUGUCCCAAGAAGGGGAUGUCAAACCCAAUCUCAGGACUUAUAAUGUUCUUGUCAGAGUGUGGUGUAACAAGAAGAACAUUGCAGAGGCAUGGAAUGUUGUGCAUAAGAUGGUAGCUUCUGGGAUGCAACCUGAUGCGGUUACUUACAACACCUUAGCCACAGCUUAUGCUCAGAAAGGAGAGACAAAUCUGGCUGAAGAGAUGAUCUCAGAAAUGCAAAAUAAUGGUUUGCAGCCUAAUGAGCGAACUUGUGGGAUAAUUAUAAGUGGAUAUUGUAAAGAAGGAAGAAUAAAGGGGGCAUUGAGAUUUGUGUACAGGAUGAAGGAACUUGGGGUGCAUCCUAAUCUUGUUGUUCUUAAUUCACUGAUCAAAGGCUUUGUGGAUAUUAUGGAUAGAGAUGGGGUUGAUGAGGUUCUCAAGUUGAUGGGAGAAUUCAAUGUCAAACCAGAUGUCAUAACAUUUAGUACUAUCAUGAACGCAUGGAGCACAGCAGGAUAUAUGGAAAAGUGCAGGGAAAUCUUUGAUGACAUGGUGAAGGCUGGUAUAGAACCUGAUGCACAUGCAUACAGCAUCCUUGCUAAAGGUUAUGUACGUGCCCAAGAACCUGAGAAAGCCGAAGAACUCCUAACAACCAUGAUUAAAUCAGGAUUCCACCCAAAUGUUGUGAUUUUCACAACUGUGACUAGUGGAUGGUGCAGUGCUGGCAGAAUGGAGGAUGCAAUUAGAGUUUUUGACAAAAUGUGUGAAUAUGGAAUUUCUCCUAAUUUGAAGACUUUUGAGACAUUAGUUUGGGGAUUUAGUGAAGCCAAGCAGCCAUGGAAAGCAGAAGAAAUUCUCCAGAUUAUGCCAGCAUUUAAGGUAGAGCCUGAGAGAUCCACCAUGCUGCUAGUUGCAGAAGCGUGGCGUGCCAUUGGACUGACAAAGGAGGCUAACAAAAUGCUUAGCACCAUAAAAAGAAAGGAAAUGACCAGUAAUAAAGAUACAGCUGAAGAAGACAUACCGGUUGACAGCCUAGAGAAAGUCUACGAAAAGCAAAACUCUGGUGUCUCACAUUCCAAUCUCUUACGGAUACCGAGUACUGUUACAAGUGAUCAGAGAGGGUCUACUGCAGCCCUUAGAAAAGGUAGAAUGGUGCUGAGAGAUGCUGAAUUUUCAAUGGCAUACUCUUGGCUUGCUACGAAAUCCAUGUGUAUCUCUCAUACUUGUCAAUUUGGAGCAAGGUCACCAAUCAUUUGCCAUAAGCAGUACCAAGGGCAGCAUGGUAUGUAUGGUCAGCUUGCACAAUCAGCUCCAACAAUAAUGUCAAACACACCUUUCAACAGCAUGAAGACCUCACCAGCUAGCAUGGAAGAAUGUUGCUGUCACAAACAGGUAUCAAGAAGGCCAGUUGUGAAACAUAUUCAGAGAUUUGAUGCAACGCGACCUGUGCAAAAAAGGAAAAACAGAAACUCUAUUAUUGACUUGCACUUCUGGAGACCCUCAGAAAUAGUUUCCAUAUGGCCACAAAAAUUCAGCCUCAAAACAACUUCCAAGUCUCUACAAAUAAUCGCAAAUCAACAUAUAUGGAUUAGGUGUGAAAAACAAAUCGUCAAUUUAGUCAGCAGAAUAUUCAAUAGCAUGGAAUCAAUAGCAUGAAAGCAAGAUAGUUAAAGUACCUGAAAAAAGUGAUCUGCAAGACAUAUUCCAAGAUUGAGAAGCAUA